AUGUCUCCAGAGUUCUCCCCGAUAUCAUCCAAUCCCAGUACUGUGGCUUCAUUUGAGUUUCUGUCCCCGCUCUCCAUGACCUCCCCUGAGCAAUUCACGUAUUGUCUCCACCUCCUCCACACAUCCCUUCCCAUCGAGCACAUUGCAGUGCGGGACAUCAUGCCAAAGCCCAAUGGUUUCGUACAUACCGUGCUCGAGGCGUACAACAACCAUCGAGGGCUCAUUCUUUGCCCAGACGAUGUCUGGACCGCGAUCCUCACCCAAUUCAACUUCUUCGUGGGCGCAAACGCCGAGCAACUCCGUUCACAGUUCAUAGCGCAUGAGGGAAAGGAGGAGCUUAUCAUCAUUGACGAUGGAAAUCAUCACACGGCAGAUUUUGCACUCAUGGCAUGCCAGAUGUUGGAGCUUAUGCACACGCGCUUAGUGGAUCCAAUGCUGAGGGACUGGAUUAUGCCUCAAUUUUCAACAACAACGGACGUAGAUUGGGCGGUGUAUGCGAUGUCUUUGAUGGCAACGAUGAAUGAGUGUUUCCGCUACAACUUUAGACUGCAUUUGUGGUAUCACCUCCUCCACCCUAUCGUCUCGCAAUUUGUAGCAGCAUUCAACGCACCCUCGGGCCCAGAAAACCUUGACUUCUGGUCCAAAGUCGCGCACUACGAAGGAGGCGGAAGUGGGCUAACCUACCUCUCAGGCUGGAUCACCGCAUUCUGCGUGUUCAACGAGCAAGGCGUAUGGCAGGGUCCCCCGCUAAAUGCUGAAUGCAUGCGGGAAGACGCGCCAAAGAAGCUGCUUCGUCCCGCAGAUCCAAGGACGUUGAGUGCAGCUCAGUUUGCCGCGGUUUAUACCGUGCACUGGACGUGGCGCCCAUUCUUGGUGCUCGAUGGGAUCCCGUACCCAACGAUCGAUGAUGAGUGCGUAAAAUGUGGGUGCGUGCAUCUCGAUGUGAAGCUGGAUGAUAAUGGAGAGUUGUUCGAUACGGUGAUCGUUGUGGGCGCGGUUGGUGCGCAGAUCUGCUCGAAUGAUAAGUCAGAGCUCUUUAGGAAUGGGAUGCGGGAUAGUGUAAGGCCUGUGGUGGGAUAUUGGUAUUUCAUCACCGGGGCGGGGUGAUUACUACUGUGCGUUGUUGCUGUUGCUCAUACUUGUUCUGCAUUUCUCAGCUUCGUGACAUCUCUCUUACGUGGAGGACAUUUUGCUCACUUGCUGUGAUGUAGCAGAUAGGAUUACUGCCUGCCACGUUGAAAAUUUCAGGCUGUU